AUGGAAAGCAACCUAUUUCCAGAAGCAUCUUCCUCGUUGAUCUUUGGAGAUAUUAAAAGACGUGUUGGGGGGAAGAAGAACGGAUCUCUAAAAGCUGGGAAGCUGAAUGCUUCUCUUGCAUGUAAAAUCAAAACUAAGAUGAGAAGUGAGUGUCAACUAAAAUUUUGAUAAUAUAUGUAACUCUCAGAAAAAUAAAAUACUUGUAGACCUCCUUAGUAAUAGCAUUUUUUAAAAUAUCCAGUGUAAUAUGUCUACAAAAUACGUUUAUCCAAAAUGAAAAAAGAGCCAAUGUUUCAUGAAACCUUUAUUCAAAUUAUAUUCAGCAAUUUUGGGCCAGUCACACCCUCUUAGCAUAAUUAUACCUUUUGUUUUUACUGGUUUUUAUGUUGCUGCUUUUUAAAAAGAUAUUGUUUAUUGUUUUUAUGUUGUACAGUACUUGGUGGUUUUAAAAUAUUAAGUGGUUUAUAAAUGCUUCUAAAUAAAUAAACCAGUAGCUUGUACAAAUAAAACAGGAUAAGCUUAAUAAUGUUAUGCAUGUGGGCACAAUGACCUUGAGGAUCCGCCCCCUCCCACUGCUACUCCUUACUGCCCUUUUCUUCAUGGGCUGGCAGGGGUGGCUCCUCCCAAAAGUGCAUGGAACUGAAGGGGAGGAAGCUGGAAAAGUAGCAUACAGUGGUACCUUGGUUCUCAAACUUAAUCCGUCCUGGAAAUCUGUUUCGAAACCAAAGCAUUCCAAAACCAAGGCGUCCUUUCCCAUAGAAAGUAAUGCAAAAUGAACUUUUAAAAACAACCUCUAAAACAGCAGUUAAACAUGAAUUUUACUAUCUAACGAGACCACUGAGCCAUAAAAUGAAAGCAAUAAACAAUGUACUGCAGUCACGCAAUCCAUCAAUCAGUAGCUGACCUGGGUUCCACACAGUCACAAAAACAAAAAAAAGCCACAAAAACAGAAAAUAAAUAGCAAAAAAACAGAGAUACCUCAGUGUAAUGCUCAAAAUGGAAGCGUGGCACUCAAAUCAGAAACGUAACACUCAAAACAGAGCACGUUCAGCUUCUGAAAAAAGUUUGCAAACCGGAACACUUACUUCUGGGUUGGCAGUGUUUGGGUUCCAAGUUCUUUGAGUCCCAAGGCAUUUGAGAACCAAGGUACCACUGCACUUCCCAUUUCUUCCGUCUUUCAGCUCUAUGUGGUUUUCAAGAUUUGGAUUGGCAGCUAACAGAAAAUGGAGCAAGCAAGAGAGGAGAAGGAAACAGGGAGGAGGUUAGGAGAUUGGCCACCAGAGUGGCUGGUGUUCCUCAAAGGUUCAGUUUCACUCAGGGACCCCAAGUGGUUGGCAUCCCCUGUGAUAUUACUGUCUCUCAGACUGUAUUCACACUACUGUUUAUUGUGCACUCACAGUUUCCAGUGCUAGGUUUCUAAUCUGUGUGCACAUAUCCUAAACACAUUGCUUCUCAAACCAGCUUCACACUGAGUGGAUUUCUUAAGCCAUUUCUAAGUUGUCUCUAGCCAAGUUGUAAACAUCUUUGCACAGGGUAAAGACAACCUGUUAUGUACUGAGGUUCUCACCCUAGGCCAGCAGGGGGAUACUGUAGAUAAUUUUCACUCAGGUCCACAUAUGCAAAUAAGGGAUUGAAAGUGACGUUCAGUGAUUGGAUAGUUACAGAAAAUGGUUACUGUUGCGUUCUAGUCGAGCUCUAUAUAAGCAGGCUGGCUGAACCCUUCAGUUCAGUUCUGUUCUGGCCUGUGAAUAAACAAGAGCUGUUUGAAGAAUCGCUGUGUCGUCUGAUAUGUUUACCCACAACUUAACACAACUCUUCCCCAUCAACGUCCCCUGAUAUGUACACAAACAUAAACAAAUCUAACCUUGCUGGUGUGAACAGCUAGUGAGGAAAGCACUGUGAAAUGCAGGGGGGCGGGCAACCGCCGUGCUUUAAGGCAAGGCCAUUUUCAGUAGGAUAUACUGUAGAAUUUAAUUCAUUAUCAAAUCCUGAUAAUAAAUAUUCCCUUAUCCGCACUACUCCUUAAAUGAUCACUCAGUAAUAUAGUAUAUGAGGGGUGGUGCUUGCAUUCUGACUAGAAUAGAAAGCAAUUUUCUAGAAAUUAGAAAAUAUGGUGAGGCAAGAUUACAAGAACUGUACACAAGAAAAGAGCACAAUCUUUGUCAUUCAAGCAUUUUAACUAGAAAAUUGUAAUUGUUUAACUGUGCAGUCUUCAAUAUGUUUACUCAGAUGUAAGUUCCUUUGAAUGCAAUAGAAUUCACUCCCAUGUAAGUGUAAGCCCAGCAAGUAGUUCUGUCCAACAACAUUUGGGGGGCACCAUAUUAGCAACCCCAAGUACGGUAUAUAGGCCUGAAGGAUUUUAUUUGUUUUUAUACUAUAUUUGAAUAUGUGAUAUUUAAAGGUUUUAAAUAAAUACAGUUCCUCUCAAUUAAUUUUUAAUAGUAAAGAAACAGAAGUUUUGGCACCUCCAAAUUUUUUGUGUAGAGUGCAAGAGUAUUAGCAAUAUCAGUAUUUAUUUAUUAUGUAUGUCUUCUGUAUAACUAUUCCAUGGUUGUGGAUAUGAGUCUGGAUGCAGGUUUAAAAUAAAUACAAAACAAUUUUUUUAAAACAUAAAGAAAUAGAAUAGACACAUUUUUUAAACACACUGAUACAUAGGUGUGUUUUAACCCAAAUAAUAACCCAAAUUAUUAUUUCAUAUUUUUAUUUUAUGCAGGCAACUCUUCACUUUUUAAGAUUUCUUUGAAACACAAUAAUAAGGCUCUGGCCAUGGCCCUCAGCGCAGAGAAAGAAAAUUCUAGGAAGCUAAAAAAUGAAAAGCUCUUAUUACAGAAAGAAGUGGAUGAGCUGCAUUUGCAGAAUGUUUUACUGCGCCAAAAGCUGAAUCGCAUGGUAUGUUCUGAAAAAUACUAUUUGAGCUAUUACAUUAUUCAUAUAUUGUGAAAAUAAAACUUAUGGGGAGGGAUUCAGCUAUGAGUCCCAGGGCAUCCCCACAAUCACCAUACUCCCCAAAUUGGCUGGGGGGUGGGUCAGGUUGGAAUAACCACCAGAAGAGUGCAUGUGGGAGGAGAGGGAAUGCUUGCCCUGGUGGAAUGCUCACCUUAGUGCAGUGUAAGCAGCUAAUAGCAUCCAUCUGUUUCAAAGAUCCUGUUCAGUGGGAUUUUGAUAAGCAUUAUGAUGCAAAUGACAUAUCAUAAUGGAAUUACACCAGCGGUAUGCACAUGGGCAUAGCCAGGAUUUUGCAGGAGCUAUUGUAGCCUUUUUAGCCUCGGGUGAGAAGAGCUUUGCGCCCGGGACGGGGAAAUGGGAGUCAACAGACACUCAAGGAAUAGUUUCAGAGAAAAAGCUUUAUUUCUACCAUCCGGGCUGGUAGAAGGAGCAAGUGUGAUGAUUCACAAAACAAGCACAAGUUCACAGCCAUUUGCACAAAGCAUAUAUUCCCCUUCAGUUCCCUCCCCUUUCUCCUCCUCUUCAAGAGUCCUGCCCCAUGUUGUUUCCUGAGCAUGAACAGAAAGGUCUUGUACCUUUUGGCAAGGUCAGCUAGCCUGAGAAGCAACCUUUGUUACAGCAGAGCGAAAUGUUUCUGAUGCUUAGCUAAUGCCUUUUAGCUGCUGAGAAAAUGAUUUUGAGAAGCUUUGAGCCUGCUUUUUCGGGGGGGUGACUUCGGGCCAAGGUGGGGUCACCUGUCCUCACCUCCUUCACUAUCUGCAAUGUGAUUGAUCAGUUAGUUAACUAUUUUUAUUUAUUUACUUGAUUUACAGUGGGGGGAUACUGCCUCCUCCCCUCCUCCCCCCCCCGACUACAGUAUGUCCAUGAGUAUACACAUUUUUCCCCUGUUAUAUCAGGGCAAAAUGUUUAUUAGCUCUUGGUCACACUCAGACCCUGUGUGUGCAUGCACACCCAGCAACUGGAGCUAUGCGCCCAAAGUUCCUUUUAAACAAUGAACAAUCACACAAUCAGGUAAACACUAGUAUACUGCUGAACCUUAAUCUGUUCUGUAUAAGGUACAUUACUUUAUGUGUAAAAGAGCAGAGGGGAAAAUGUUCCUGGUUGGAGCGGGGGAAGGUUUUACCAUUUUUUUAUAUAAAAAAACCUUUGAUGUUUUCUUGUUUUUAGAUAAAUUUAAUCUCUUUAAUCCCAAAUAAAAUAUAUUAAUUUCUCAUAACUGCCUCUUUCUUUCCUCCAGAAAUAUAAAUCUUUUUUAUCGUUGUUUUUCUCUAACUUUCUAACUGCGUUAAAUAAAAGUUUUUAUACUUAAUUUUUUGUAUGCAGAAUAAAAUUCUCAUAGAACUGGAAGCAUUCGUGAAUAAUAACAUUUCAACUGCAAUUGAAAUGAACACUCUUUCAGAGGUAUGCUUCAGCUUUGUGACUCUUAUUAUCAUAGGGUGAAGAGGGAAUUGCUACUGUAUGCCUUCAUGUUUUGAAAAUCAGUAUGAAAACUGAUUUGGUGAUCAAUAUUCCUUUGGUUUUUCAGAAGUUAUCUGUGGAUUUACUUUUGAGUUUUGAUUAAAGUACAGGUACAGCAGAACAAACAUGUUGAUCAAAACAAUGGAAAUCCAAUUGUAUUGUUGACAUAUUUAUAUAGAUUUAAACAUGCAACUAGAUGACUUCAGCUAACAUAAUACACAAUAUUGCUGUACUGUACUUUCUAGCAGUAAAAUGAUACCCAUGUACAAAAUCAAUGGUGUAUUAAUAAACUUUUUCUGUUAUAAAUGCUCAAUAUAUGCACAAGAAGAGUGGCAUUUCAAUGAAAUAACUACAUUAUGUGAGCAAAUAUUUUCUUGACCUGCAUAUUUGUGCUUUAUACAUAUAUUCCUAGUUUACAGCUGCAUUGAAAUAGUUUAACACUCGAAAUCUUAAUAUAUUGGUAUUGGUGGAAUUCUAUACCCAGAAAACUGGGAGCAAACCCCCUUCAACUGGGAAUUAUUUCUCUAUAGACAUACUGUACAUAAAAUUUCUCUUUAAGUAUUCUGAGCGUUUUCCUCUUUUUAAACAGCAUAUUCAAAAACCCUUAGCAAUGGAAAAAGACCACUGCAACAGUUCUGGUCAACAACCUGAGAUUUCUGAUCAACCAAUUAGGUAAUAUUUGAAUUGAUUUAUUAAUCUAGAUGGAAAUCAAAACAUGAAACUUAAAAUAAAACCUGCCAAAAGAUUGUAUUGAUCAGGGCUAUAAUCCCACAGGUUCCUAAGGGCUGCUUUAAAGGCUUAUUUAUAGUUUAGUUUUUGUACUUAUAAAUAAAAAGAACUAGAUAUAAUUAAACACAAUUCAUUAACAGUGUCAUGCAUAAACUGUGUUUUAGGCUGCAAUCAUAUGUACAGUUUGACUGCUUGAGGGUGCAACUCUAUACUUACACCCAGAAGUAAAGUCCAUUAAUGUCAGCAGGAUUUACUUUUGAGUAGACAUCUACUGUAUAGGAUUGCAUAGCUAAUCCUGCUGAGGUUAACAGGAUUUAACUAGUAUACAUGCAGGAUUAUAGUCUUUGCUGGAAAAAUACAUGACAAAGACUCUGAUCUUUCAUGAACUGACAUUUAUGUGUAUUUUGCCAACAAAAACAUAAUUUAUACCUAUACAUCGUAAUUAUUGUUUGCAGGCUAUUAGAAAUAGCAAUUUAUACCUUAGGUUAAGGUAGUUUACAUUAGUACAUGUGCUAGCAGUUUUUCUCCUUAGAUGUAAUCUCAUACACUUCUGUUUUACAGUUAGAUCUUGUUUCCUACUUAUUUUUUGGGUUUUUUAUAACACAAAAUGUGAUUCAUUAUUAGAUUACAAAUCUGUGCAUUGUUAUCUGGUAGUGUCCCACUGAACAAAGUGAAGUUUACUUAUGAGUUAAAUGCUGAAGUGAAUCCCAUUUUCUUAACUCUCUUUCAUAAUAAAUUGUUCUUUCAGAACUAUCAGGCAGCAUGUGAGCACUCAGACUGAAGAACAUGAUGGAAAUCAGCAAAGUAACAUAUCAGUCUGUGUAGCUGAUGAUCUUGUUACAUCAAAGGAAACUGCAGCAGAUCAAAUCAAUGCAGAGUUAUUUGUGUCUGAAAAAAAUACCUCAAAAUCAAGUGAAACAAAUAAAAUAGAAACAGUAUUUAUUGCAAAUAAAUUUACAAAAGGUAUACAGGAUAUUUUAUUGCAUUCACUUCAUUUUCUAGGGUCCUUUCUCCCCAACAAAUAUUGCAGAAAGCAAGAGUCUCAAUACAGGACUUUUAAAAUAUAAUUUGUCGGCAGGAGAUGUAUGGAUUGUGACCCCGGCAUGGUGGGUAGAUGUCUUCAGCCCUUUCCCUUCAUUGUAGUUCCUGUCCAUAUUGGGUCUCUGGUGCAUGCAAUUUGUAAAGGAAAAAUACACCCACUGGAGGAAUUUCACCCCAGUGCACAUUGCAUCAGGUCCACAGCAGGGGAUAAAGGACUAAAGCCCCUUACUUCCCACUCCAUGCCAGGGUCUUGAUUCAGAUUGCGGGGAUAGGGUGUUUCAUGCUGGCAAUCUAUGUUUAUAAAAUCAGGGACAAUAGAGCUAGAUAUAUGAUUCAUGUCUUGUUUGAGUCUUAAAAAAUAAAUGAACAUUUAUGUUGGGACACAUCAACACAGAAAUGCAUAAUGUUACUCCUAAUGUUUUUUCAUUAUAUUUUAAACAAUUAGGCACAUAAGAUACUUUUAUGUAAGCUAUUUAAAACACUAUAGUAGGUUACAGACCAAUUUGAAUAAAAUAGCUCCAGUAUCACUAGGUUUGUUCAGGUCUCCCAUCUGAUAUUUAUAAAAACACUGUUAACCGUUUCAGUUAAACAGAUGCAUGUUGUUGAUAUAUAAAUAGUUAAUAAUAAUAAUGGGUGGGAUUCCCCUGACGAACCCUAUCAGCUGAAGCCCUGCUUUCCCUUCUCCUUGUGUGCUCCCUACAUGCUUCUCCCCAAAUGGCUCUUGGGUGUCUGGAGAUCCAUCAGAACACCACAGGUGUAGGCAAGGGGCGAAUGUCCCAUCUGGCAAGCUGAAAUUGUUUUUGAAGAUUAUAAUAAAGCAUGUUCCAAAUGGAAAAACAAACUUUUCCUGUUUAUGCAAUGUAAAUGAACCUGGUUUUGCUUUGUUUGCAGAAAAUCCAUCAUGUAUGGAUCAGAUGUCUAGUAGGACCUUUAAGCUGGAUCUGGAUAAUGCAUCUUCUGUAGAAAAAUAUGAAAGACAAUCAAAAGCACACAAUAGUCCUCUUCUAAUCCAUAGAUAUGUGACUGAACGGAAGAAACGAGGACUGUCCUGUACAUCAAAUAUUCAGUCUACUAUAAACAAUUUUGAGAGUAAAACAGAGCAAAAUAGUAUAUUGCAUUGUGACACUGACAAAGUCCACACUAUUGGUCAGAUAGCCCCAAAAGAUGUUUCAUGCACUAAAUCAUCUCAACCUAGAAAGGAGUCUGAUCACAUCAAUAAACUAUGUUUUAUAAAUGGUAAAAAGCCAGAAGAAACUGUAUAUGAUGCUGACAUGGAAUUGACUGCUAGUGAACUAGGUGAGAUACUCUUAAUUAAAUCAAAAGCCAAGGUUGAGAACGCUAAAAUAGUAAAAACUGAUAAUAUUUCAGCAAAUUUGAGAAAAGUGAAAACUAAAAGCACAGAAAAACAGAUUGAGGAUAAAUAUAACAUUAAACCUAAAAAAUGUAACGAGAAAGUUCCUAGUAAUGGAAAAGUUAAAGAUAUUGAUAUUGUUGAAUCUAAAAAUGUUCUACCACCAGAAAAAGGAUUGUUUCAAAUGAGAAAUGAUCAGCAAAUGAAACUGAAGAACACCAAUAAACUUGGAGAAGAUUUCAAGAACAGUAACAAGAAUGACAGACAGGUGCAUCCCCUAAGACUUGUAGACUUACGGCAAACAACUCAUGUUUUAGAAACAGAAAAAAUGAAAGAUACAAUUUUCGAAACUGCUCAGAAUUCAGACAACCAGGUCCCGGAACAUAAUUUUAACAUACCUAGUGGUAAAGUACCAUUAGAAGGUUAUUCUAUUGAAAGCUUGCCACCAGUACAAAGCUGUGUGGUUUCAAUACAGGAUUUAGACAUAAAUGAGACCUAUCCUGUUGUUUCCAAAAUAAAAAAAUCACAUUACAGUGAAAUGGAAAAUGGGCAGUAUUUGAAAGGGCCUAGAUCAAAGGUAUGCAAUUCUAAUAGCCAGACUAUACAAGAUGAAAAGACUGAUAUAAAAAGUGGCUUUAAUAAGAGAGAAGUGUCUUCCAGUUUCGGAACAACAACAGAGAGAUCUGCUCAUGCUUUAGGUAUUCCUAAAACAGAUCAAAUUAAUGAAGAGUUUUCACAUGGUGAUAAAAGAAGAAUUUUUGCAAAAGCUGGUAGAAAGACAUACAUUAUAUACCCAAGCUCUCAGAAAAAAACUUCUGUGAAACAAAAAUUACAUGAUGAAAAUGCGUAUACUGAGAAUAUCCAUGAAGGAAAAGAAAACAUUCAAAGAAAUUCCAAUGUUCAGCAUGUUACCAUUUCAUGUUACCUAAAGAAAGCGGCUGAAGGUUGCGUUGAAACAUCCGAAGAAAGGGUAGAUUCUACACCAAACCCAAGCAAGAUGACCUAUAGUGUUUCUUCAUGUGAUCAAGGUAAAAGCAUAGAGAAAGUAAUUUCUAACAAUACUGAAGUAGCUACUGAGUUCCAUAAAAUUCCAAAAAACAUUCCAGUUCUGAAAAACCCUGAAACAUUACAAUUCUCAAGAAUUUACCAAGAAGAAAAUUACUAUGCUUCCACAGAGAAUGUGAACAUAAUUUGUGAAGAGUCUUGCAGCAAAAGACCAGUAUCAGACUUUGGUAUGUGUAGCUUUACUUUGGAUAUUAGGAAAGGCACUCUAGGUAUUAGUCUGACUGUCAAUUUCUGCCCCCGUUCCCCAAUUUAAUUGGGUGGGUAUUGUGAUUUUAAUUACUUGAUUUAAAUUCUUCAGAUAUACAUCCCUGUACAAAAAAACUAGAAUAUAUGCAAUUGAAUAGGCCUGGACCAUAGCCAUUUUGGAUCAGGUAGUGUGCUCUGGGUGAUUAGGGAUCACGUACUAUGCUCUGGUUAGUAUCUGGAAGCGCAUGUAGCACUAACUGCUUUUCUGAUAUGAAGUGAUGCUUAUAUGUCCAUCAGAGGUAUCCUACAGGGGUAUGCAGAAACUUUUGAGCUAUAUUUAAAAAACUAAUGAUUGUUGCCUCAUAUUCAUGGCCUUCUAGCCCACUUCAUAUAUCUGAUAAAGUGAGCUAUAAUAGUCCAUGCACAUUUAUGCCAUACACUAAACUUGUUAAUGGGUGGUUCCCUAGACCUGAUAGCAGAACGCUGACUGCUCUUUAUGGGGUUACACUUCCUCUGAAGGAGAAGCUAUGUAGGUUGCGGGUACUUCUGGAUCCAUUGCUGUUCUUUGAAGCUCAAGUGGCCUCAGUAGCAUUGAGUGCCUUCCAUCAGCCUUGAUAUGUGGCCCAGUUACACCCUUAUAUGGAGAAGGAUAGCCUAAAUUCUGUUGUCUAUGCUCUAGUAACCUCUAGGUUAGAUUACUGUAAUACGUUAUACAUGGGGCUGCCUUUGAAGAUGAUUUUGAAACUGCAGCUGAUUCAGUGGCCAGGUUGCUCACCGGAGCAAGACGGUCUCAGCACGUAACACCAAUCCUGGUCUGAUUGCACUGGAUACUGGUUAGUUUCCAGGCCCAAUUUAAAGUGCUGGUUUUGACCUAUAAAGUCUUACGCAUAUCAGGACCCUAAUACCUCAAGGACCACCCCUCCCCUUAAGAACUGACCCAGACCUUGUAAUUGUCAUCUGAAGCCCUUCUUUGUAUGCCAACCUCCAUGAGAGGUCUGGAGGGUAGCAACACAAGAACAGGCCUUUUCAGUGCUGGCUCCCCACUUGUAGAACGCUCUCCCUAGGGAAGCUAGCCUGGCACAAUUUUUACAUAUAUUUAGACCAGGCAAAAUAUUUUGUUUUUAAUCCGCUCUUUGGCUUUUAAUCAUCUAUGGCUUUUUUUUUUCAUGGAUGGGAUGUUUUAGUGUACAGUGGUACCUCGGGUUACAUACGCUUCAGGUUACAUACGCUUCAGGUUACAAACUCUGCUAACCCAGAAAAAGUGCUUAAGGAUAAGAACAGAAAUCGUGCUCCAGCAGCACGGCAGCAGCAGCAGGAGACCCCAUUAGCUAAAGUGGUACUUCAGGUUAAGAACAGUUUCAGGUUAAGAAUGGACCUCCGGAACGAAUUAAGUACUUAUCCCGAGGUACCACUGUACAGGGUUUGUUUUUUUAAGAAAGUGUUGGUUUUAAUGUAUGUAUACAGGGCUUGCUUAAAAUACUGUAAGUCGUUUUAAGUUGCUGUGGCAAAAAAUUAAUUAUAGAAUUGUAGAGUUGGAAGAGACCCUGAGGAUCAUCUUGUCAAACCCCCUGCAAUGCAGGAAUAUGCAGCUAUCCCAUACAGGGAUCGAACCUGCAACCUUGGUGUUAUCAGCACCAUGCUGUAACCAACUGAGCUAUCCAGUUGACUGAUAAAUGUUAAUAAUAAUAAUCAAAGGGAGACACAGUGGCUAAAUAUGGUGAACAUGCACAACAGUUAUGUGAUUGAUUGCAGCUCACAAGUAUGUGUCCCUCCGUGUUCACAAAUGUGCAACACCCCUUCACAAAGUUUGCCCUCCGUGUAAUCUGACAUUGUACUUCUAUGCUACCAGUUGUAUUGCCUGAUGCAGUAGGUGAGGAAAUAACAUUAAGAGUUCUCACUUCAGCUAUGUUUCACUUGCUGAAACUGGGAAUAUUACAGCAUCUACUUUUUACAAAUCACAAUGUUCAUUUCAAAUACCAUGGCUUAAAUUGUGUUUGAUUAAUUAAUUACAGUUUCAGCCUAUUGGUCUUCCAGAGAGAGCUAUGUUGCCCACCAAUAUUUUAUCCUCACAACAAUUCUGUGAGAUAAAUUAGUUUUAGAGAGGGUGACUGUCCCAAAUCCAUCAAGUAUCAUGGUUGAACAAAAUCUGAACUCGUCUCCCCAAUUUAAGUUUGGCAUGCAAUCAACCACACUACUGUGUCUCCAAAAAUAUAUAUUUAUUAUUUUUUCAAGUUUAUUAACGUUCCAGAUAUUUUUGCAUUUAGUGAUUCAAUAAUAGCUGUAAUUUCAGGGCGUAAGCCUCUUCAAGAACUGACAAAUAUCAAAGCACCUUCCCUUCCAAAACCCAAUAAAGACUUAGAAGAAAAUUCCACAUCACCUGUUAGACGCAGGCGAGCUACAGUUUGCUACAAAGAACCCAAAAUCAACAGGUUAGUUUUUGACAGAUGGUUUCUUUUUGUUUUGUUAUAUUUAAAUAUUUUUCAAAGUAUGCUUGACACCUUAUUCUGUAAUUGGCAUUUAUCAAGCAUAUAUUUUAUGGAAACAUACAGUUGUACAAAAAAGAAUCCCAAAAGUGACCCAGAAACAUUUUAGGAGAGUAGAAUAAUUACUUUGUAAGAGUUUAUUGAAACAAUUUCCAUAAUCAUGACAGGUAAGACUAAUAAUACCUAAAAUUUAGGUUUGAUUUUAAGGAAUAACACAUACACACAGAUACAAAGCUGCAACCCAUACUCAAACUAGUCUAAUACAGUGGUACCUCAGGUUACAUACUGUCAGAGCUGGCUCCAGGUCCCAGCUCACAGAGGACCAACGCUAGCCGGCAGUAAUGUACAAAAGUCUUUAUUGAAGUACAGUUUCCAUUUUCAAGCCGGAGCGCCCCAGCUCUACGUCUAGGGGUUAGAUCGGCGAAGCUCCAUCUGAGUCUCCGCCCCUGUACACCAGUUUAAGAUUCUAGCCUUACUCCACCUCUUACGUCUCUCCUUUCUCCUCUGGGUCCUGCUACCCCCCGGGGUCCCUUCCUUCCUGGAUUCUUCUGACGCUGACGUUGACCCCCUGACUCCUCCCCCUCUUUUCGGCGGGCUUUGGGACCUGGCUCCCUAUCCGGGCUGCCAACUGCGCCGCCCUCCUGUACAUUUGAACUUGGCACGCGCGCCCAGCCUUCAACCUUCCUCUCGACCGUUUCCUCGCUCCCCGAUGGAGGCGUGGCCAAUCCUGACUCAUGUCCUCCCACUGGCAGUGCGCCGCCUGAUCCCGAUGCCUGGGACCCCUCCCCCCUACUGCACUCUGGUGUGGACGCUGGUCCUGAUUUCCAACUGCUGCUCUCUGAGUCCCCUCUGGCCCCUUCUUCCUGGGGUGUCCCCUCGGCACCCCCUUGCUCUGACCAAGGGAGCCCCUUUCUGUGAAUCUUCCGAUUCGCUGGAAAGACUCAGAGACCUCGGACCGCUGUCAUCGCUAACAUUUCCUUCGGACUCCUCCCCCUCGCUCUCUAUUUCCUCCCUUUCCUGUGCCUCUGCUCCUGAACCCCUGACAUCCAUCCCCCUCGAAGCCCCCCUUCCCCCUCCCCUCCUUCAGGUGUGGGUACUGGGUGCUCCGUCGUUGUGGGGGUGAGUGCCGGAUACAGUUCGUCCCCGUGGCGUGCAUCCAGCCGGAUAAGUCCGGCUCGUCCUCCGUGCUCUCGCCGACCUCAAUUUCCUCUGCUUCCAUCUCUUUGCCGCCGUGCUCGAACCCAAGGUCCUCCCCCAACACGUCCAUGUCCGUCUCUCCCCGGUCUCCUCCGGGGACGUUGCCUGCCAAGGACCCCCCAGCCACUUCCUGCGCCACUGCUCCUCUGGUCGAUUGUCCCACCAAUAGGAACGGUCUGAGGCAGACCCCGAGGUGAUCCCUCCGGGAACGUGUUUCUAGUGCCGGUUCCUCGUCCGAGGUGAACCCCUGGAAUGUGCUAGCUGAAAAUGUGGGUGUGAAAAGCCAGUCGUCGAAAUACUCGGCUGGCAUGGGCCUGUGUGGGAAAAGGGCAUGAAACUCGUCCUUGAGAAAAGGUUCGUCCAAGGCAUGGUCUGGCACCCAACUGUUGGCGCUGGCCGUGGUACCUUCUCUGGCGAGAAGAUAUUCUACUCCCUCUUCCCCCCAUCUCGAGUCUAAAAUCUCUGUGACUUCGUUGACGGGUUCCCGCCUUGGCGACCCCCCCCUUGUGGGCGUUUCCCUGAACGGGUCUGGUGCCGUUCCUGGCUCCUGAAAUCUAUGAGGUGCUUUGUAGGGCGUGAGCACUGAUCUAUGGAAAACUGGGUGCAUUCUGGAUCCCUCCGGCAGUGUCAACCGGAAGGCCACUGGAUUGACCUGUGCCUCGACUUGGUAGGGUCCUAGCUGCUUAUGCCCUAGCUUCUUCUUCGCUAACGAUCUGGCCGGCACUGCCUGGGCUGCUAACCAAACCCAGUCUCCCACCUGUAUGUCUUCCCCAACCCUUCUGUGCUUGUCAGCCUGCAGUUUGUAUGCGUGCUUUGCUAGUUCUAACUGCCUCCGAAGCUGUUCGUGAACCUCCUGCAACUCUGAUGCUAAGGCUUCCGCUGCCUGUGGCUCCCCUCCCCGCUCUCGCUAAUCCCGGGAAGGUUCUGGGAUGCCUCCCGUUGUUGGCGAAGAACGGUGUCACCCCCGUGGACACGUGCUUCGUGUUGUUGUAGGCGAACUCAGCGAGCGGCAGGUAGUCCACCCAUGUUGCCGGCUGCUGAUUUGCGUAGCAUCGCAGGUACUGCUGCAUGAUGGCGUUGACUCGCUCCGCUUGUCCGUUCGUCUGCGGGUGUCUCGCCGACGCUAGGUUGAUCUUGACGUUCAGGAAACCCAUCAGCUUCUGCCAGAAGUUCGAGAUGAACUGUCGCCCCGGUCGGACAGGAUAGACCGUGGCAGACCGUGAACCCUGAACACGUGGUCUAUGAACAGUUUGGCGGUCUGUUCCGCCGUGGCCACCUUCGCGCACGGAAUGAAGUGGGCCAUUUUGGUGAACAUGUCCACCACCACUAGCACUGCCGUCUUGCCCCUCGAGCUGGGUAGAUCCGUGACAAAGUCCAGGGCCACCCUCUCCCACGGUUCGAGCGGUGUCUGCAGCGGUUCGAGCAGUCCCGCCGGCGGUUUGUGCACUGACUUGGCCCUUUGGCAGGUGUCGCACCUCGAGACGUAAUCCGCGACUUCCCCCGCAUCUUGGGCCACCAAAAUCUCUGGCUACUAAUUCUACCGUCUUCUCUUUGCCAAAGUGCCCGGCGGUGGGUGCGUCGUGCAACUGCUGCAGUACUUUCGCGGAGGUCGUCUCCCGGUACGUAGAGGGCCCCUCUGCGGAUGAGCAAUCCGUCGCGUAUCUGGAACUCGUCGUCCUCCGCCGUGCCCCUUUGCACCUCUGCCAUCUUUGCUUGCGCGAAGGGGUCCUCCUGCAGUGCUCGACGUACAGCAUCCAGGUCCACGGUUGCUGAAGCGCACGCCCACGCUUUCGGUGCGAAAAUGUGCUUGGCCGCUGCUGGUGCCGCCUCCUCGAGGUAUUGCGGCUUUCUGGACAGUGCAUCCGCCAUGAUGUUGUUGUCGCCUGGGAUGUACUCUAUCCUGAAGUCGAAAUCCGCAAAGAACUCCGCCCAUCGUAUGUGCCUCUGGUUCAGGAACCUUGCCGUGCGCCAGUACUCCAGGUUUUUAUGGUCCGUGCGGACCUGCACUGUGUGUUUGGCUCCAAUGAGGAAGUGCCGCCACGCCUUGAAUGCUGCAUGAAUGGCCAGCAACUCCCUGUCCCAGAUGGUGUAGUUCUGCUCUGACUUGCUGAGCUUCCUGGAGUAGAAGGCACACGGUCUCCAGUCCCCAUGCGGGUCUUGCUGCAACAGUACUGCUCCCACGGCUCUGUCUGAGGCGUCCGUUUCAACCCUCAUCGGUCUGCUGGGAUUCACAUGCAGUAGCUGCUCUUCGGACGAGAAGAGACGCUUGAGUUUCUGAAAGGACUGCUCCGCUUGCUCCGUCCAGAUGAACUUCUUCUUCUUGGAGCUGAGCGUGUCGGUAAUGGCCGCCGUCUGCAUCGCGAACCCCUUGAUGAACUUGCGGUAAAAGUUGGCGAAACCGACAAACCGCUGGACCUCCUUCCGAUUGCGCGGGCUCUUCCAGUCCAACACUGAGCGAACCUUGGCGCUGUCCAUGGCGAGCCCCUUGUCCGACAACUUGUAGCCCAGGAAAUCUACCUCCUUCAUGUCGAACUGGCACUUCUCCAGCUUGGCGUACAGCCUGUGCUCCUGCAGUCUCUGCAGAACUUCCUUGACGUCUCCCUCGUGGGUCUCCUCUGAUUCUGAAAAUAUCAGGAUGUCGUCCAGGAAGCAGACGCAUUUCUUGUAGAGGAGACCCGCCAAUACGUGAUGCAUGAAGGCUUGAAAACAGUGGGAGCCAUUUUGUAAUCCAAAGGGCAUAACUCUGUAUUCAUAGGUGCCCAGGGGCGUGAACAUGGCAGUCUUCCAUUCGUCGCCCUCCCGUAUGCGAAUCAGGUUGUACGCCCCUCGCAGAUCCAACUUUGUGAAAACGCGUCCUUUCCUCACCGUUGCGAGCAGGUCAUCUAUCUUGGGCAUGGGAAAGGCUGUGGGCUUGGUUUUCGAGUUCAAAAUUCUAUAGUCCACCACAAGCCUUUUUGGGGGCGUGUCCUUCUUCUUCACAAAGAAUACAGGACUGCCCCCACUGCCUUCGACUCCUGGAUGAAACCGCGCUUCAAGUUGAGGUCUAUGAACUCUCUGAGUUCCUGCAGCUCGUCUUCAGACAUGGAAUACAGUUUCCCGGUUGGCAGCGUCGCCCCUGGCAGGAGGUCAAUCUUGCAGUCAUAGGACCUGUGGGGAGGUAGCUUGUCCGCUUCCUUCUCGCAGAAAACCUCCAAAAACGCUGCGUACUUGAGUGGCACUGCUUGCAGCGUGCCUAAUUGUAGCUGCGGGUCAUCCUCUUCCCCUUCCGGGCUAGGCAGAAUGCAAUGUUCCGCACAGUAUGAGGAGCCGAAGGUCAGUUGUCGCUGGUACCACGCCAAUGCUGGGCUGUGCCUGUGCAGCCAACUCAUGCCUAAUACUAUAGGCGUGUCCGACAGUUGGGUGACAUUGAAGCUGAUGACUUCUCGGUGAUUCCCAAUUUGCAUCACCAUCGGAGGCGUUUGCUGCACCACCCGCCCCCAGCAAUUCCCUGCCAUCCACCGUGACAACUUUCAGAGGCAGCGUGGCUGGCAGGAGUGCUAUGUUGUGCUCUUGAAUGAAAUCCAGUCCUAUGAAGUCUGCGUUACUACCAGAGUCAAUGGUAAUCGGCACUUCCAUAGUGAGUCCAUUGGGUAGUUGGAGCGAUGCUGUGAGCUGCACCACUGGUUUGGGCGGGAGGGGUUCUGUGGGCUGCAAAAUCUCUGGGGACGGCUUCAUUGACUUGUCUGGCUGGGCCCCAGUGCCUCUUCCUCCAACCAGACUCUGUCGUUUCCCUGCUGUGGUUCUCUCUGCUGAGUUGCGUCUGUUACUGUUGCUGAGGCUGCAGUGUGCUUGUGGAGCCUCUGGGGACACUCUUUCGCCAUGUGCUGAGCACUGUCGCAGAUGUAGCACUUCCUGUUCCCUCUAGGAGGCUUCGCUUUGACUGCUCCCGGUGUUAGGGCUCUGGUUGCUGACUGAGCCCUGGCGCCUCCAAUCUCCAUCGGUUGCUCUCCCCCUCCUUGCGGAGGUGGGGAUUGCACACGCGCUGCAUCCUUGGGAAAGAGGGGAGGUGCUCUCACUGGCGUACGUCCCCAACGUCCUUCUUCUCUGUUCCAUGGACGUUCUUCCAGACGCACCCCAAUUUGCAGCGCCCGCCGGACAACCUCCUGAGUGCUCUUUGGUCUCUCCCCCCUUGCAAUCUCAUCUUUCACAUUUGCAUUCAAGCCUUCCCAAAAAGGUCUCUGGCUGGGGCAGAAUCCUUCUCCCAUCCCAGCGCAUGGACUAAUGCAAAAAGCGGGAAUGGUACUGCCUUACACUGGCUCUGCCUUGUUUGAGCCCAUGUAUGUCUUUUCUGGCGAUAUCAAUGUCUAUAUUUGAUAAAAAACACGAAUCCAUCGCUUUAAUGAAUGCAUCCGCAUUUUGGAGCGCCGGAUCCUUAUCUCUCCACAGAUUGCGCAGCCACGCUUUAGCUUCCCCAUGCAAAUGGGACAAGAUAAACCCCACCUUCUCUUGCUCAUCUCUAAAGUCUUUAUCCAGCAGUUCCAGCGCAAACAGCACGUCUGCUCGGAAGUUAGGGUACUGCUGCAAAUUCCCAUCGAAAUGAGAUACCAGGCUGCCUCCUCUUUUCCCCAGCCCAAUCCCCUCUGAUUUGGGUCCCGGUUGCCCCUGCUUAGCAAGCACUUCCAACCUGGCUUGGAGAUCCCUGCAGGCGGCAGCCGCUUCCUCUUCCCUUUUCCUGGAUGCGAGUACCUCCGCGUUGAGUUGUGUCACUGCAUUUUGCAGGGCUGCUAGUUGCUGUUCUGUAGUCAUCUUGCCUGACUUUUGUGAGCUCGCGAAGCACCAAUCUUCUCCCCUCGCUGCGUCCACUCACGUUACGAGGUUUUUGGUGCAAAACUUUCUGAGAUGGAGCUUACUGUCAGAGCUGGCUCCAGGUCCCAGCUCACAGAGGACCAACGCUAGCCGGCAGUAAUGUACAAAAGUCUUUAUUGAAGUACAGUUUCCAUUUUCAAGCCGCAGCGCCCCAGCUCUACGUCUAGGGGUUAGAUCGGCGAAGCUCCAUCUGAGUCUCCGCCCCUGUACACCAGUUUAAGAUUCUAGCCUUACUCCACCUCUUACGUCUCUCCUUUCUCCUCUGGGUCCUGCUACCCCCCGGGGUCCCUUCCUUCCUGGAUUCUUCUGACGCUGACGUUGACCCCCUUGACUCCUCCCCCUCUUUUCGGCGGGCUUUGGGACCUGGCUCCCUAUCCGGGCUGCCAACUGCGCCGCCCUCCUGUACAUUUGAACUUGGCGCGCGCGCCCAGCCUUCAACCUUCCUCUCGACCGUUUCCUCGCUCCCCGAUGGAGGCGUGGCCAAUCCUGACUCAUGUCCUCCCACUGGCAGUGCGCCGCCUGAUCCCGAUGCCUGGGACCCCUCCCCCCUACUGCACUCUGGUGUGGACGCUGGUCCUGAUUUCCAACUGCUGCUCUCUGAGUCCCCUCUGGCCCCUUCUUCCUGGGGUGUCCCCUCGGCACCCCCUUGCUCUGACCAAGGAGCCCCUUUCUGUGAAUCUUCCGAUUCGCUGGAAAGACUCAGAGACCUCGGACCGCUGUCAUCGCUAACAUUUCCUUCGGACUCCUCCCCCUCGCUCUCUAUUUCCUCCCUUUCCUGUGCCUCUGCUCCUGAACCCCUGACACAUACGCUUCAGGUUACAAACGCUUCAGGUUACAGACUCCGCUAACCCAGAAAUAGUGCUUCAGGUUAAGAACUUUGCUUCAGGAUGAGAACAGAAAUCGUGCUCCGGCGGCGCGGCAGCAGCAGGAGGCCCCAUUAGCUAAAGUGGUGCUUCAGGUUAAGAACAGUUCCAAGUUAAGAACGGACCUCCGGAACGAAUUAAGUACUUAACCCGAGGUACCACUGUAGUGCAAUCUUAUCCUCACACUUCCUAGGACUUGGGACUCAGCUAUAUAGCUGCAAAUAAAUAACAUUUUAAAUGUGUUGUAAAGUGGAAUAUACAAAUGGGACACUAGAUGGCAACAGUGAGCUAUGCCAAAUUCAAGGUAUUUUUCAAAAUGUUUUUUAAAAAAGCAUUUUCACAGCAUUUUUAAUGUGUGUGAUUCCACCUAAGUCCCAUGAAACCCACAUUUUUGAGUAGACAUGAAGGAGAUGGUGGAUCUGUAUUAGUCAUUUCAUUGCCUCAUAAAAAGAAACAUGGGUGCUGGUGUUUUGCAAGUGGAGCACCAGCACAAUUAGUACACCUUUCUGGAAUCACGCAGCUGCUAUGACUUUUCUAAAUGUACACAGAUUUUUGAGGGGCUUCUUGUGUGAAUUGAAGCUAAUCUAGUAUAUCACAUAAUUUCAAGUACCCCAUUAGAGAAAAAGUUCAAAACUACCAUCUCUUAAUCAACUGCAGCUUAUUACAAAAUACAAGGAAUUUACUUGUGUAUUUUUAGGGCUUUAAAGCGGGUGGGGAUGGGUUUUUUACCCCCAGGUAAGUAGAGUUAGGAUUGCAGCCAAAGUGUCUUAAUUAGAGGAAUGACUAUUCUGUACAAAUUCUUAUACUAAGUAAAAUUUAUGAAUGAUAUUUGCCAGAAAAGCUCACCAGUUCUAUUCUCAGUGCCACUAGUGAUUUAAUUAUUUUUGUCUUUCAGCAAAUUGAGGAGAGGAGAUAAAUUCACAGAUACAGAGUUUCUUAAUGCUCCAGUCUUCAAAGUCAGAAAUAAACAAAGCUUUAAAAGUAAAUCAAGAUUACUCUAA